GCACUAUUCCAGUCUCAUACUCAAAAUGUUUUUGGGUUUCUGGAAUGGUUGUCGGUGUUCAUUGACGACCUGACGCACAACGCAAAGGACGACGAAGAACUGCUACAGCGGGUGGCGGAGUUGUUCAAAAGGUGCAAGGAAAGUGGGUUUUGCCUGUCUCUUCGGAAGUCAGUCUUUGGGGCGUCUAGUGUCGAAGUUUUGGGAUUCGAAAUCGACAGAAACGGAAGAACAGUUUGCGCGAAGAAGAGAAAAGUUUUGCAAAUGUGGCCCCUUCCCACUAAUUCCGAAGCUUUGAAGUCUCUGUUGUGUUUCAGCAACUACUUACGCGAAUUUAUUCCGAGGUUCCCGGACUUGGCUCAUGUUCUCCGACCCUACUCCGAAAAGCAAAAAAGGUGGUCUGGGUUUGCACAGGACGCUGAAGCGCAAGACGCACUCGAAAAGUUGAAGCAUGCCCUGGAUGCACAUGUUUAUCUUGUGAGCAUCGAUGUGGAGGCAGCACGAGCUUGGAGAACGUCGGGGCGGCCAAUAGAAGUUUUCAUCGACGCAUCGGACAUUGCGUGCUCCUUCGUCGUUACGCAGCGACCAGCACCGCACCAGAAGCCACAACCGGUCUACUUCCAGUCCAAAACCUGGAACCCGACAGAACGCAGCUGGAGUACGAUGGAGAAAGAAAUCUUCGCCAUGCACUACUGGUGCCUGGAAGGUGCAGAUGAGGUUUCUCGCUAUGAAUAUUUGUUGUACUUCGACCACAAGAACGAAGGUCCGCAUGAGAUGGCAUCUUUGUGGGCUAACACGCGGGUGAGCUCCAAGGUUCGCCGAUGGAUUUCUGAAAUCAUGGAACGGCUGGGGUCGUGUUACAGAAUAUUUUUGGCUGGGGAGUGGAACGUCGUUGCCGAUGCACUAAGCCGAACUUGGUGGGGACAGCAAGACGCCGACGCAGAAGAAGUUGCGAACUCCGUGGGGAUUCCAAAAUAUGUGUCCGACUUCAUCGAGUUUUUGUUCGACGCCAAGAAGCCAGAAAUCGGAAAACAGCAUGACAAACGGGAUUUGGAAGUAGCAACAAAAGUCAGUAGUAUGGUUUCCUGCCCUGUUUCACAGCUGAUUUUCAACAUGUUUGAAAAUCCCAACCGAUUACGGGGUCAAUUUUUCUUGCAGUUCAUGAGCCGUUUUCCGGUUUACGGGUUUCUCCAGUUGCAAAGCAAGUUUUUGCCCGCGAUCAGUCACAAACACGCAUUGGAAAUUAAGUGCUACAGCACCGACACCAGAGGAAAGGCAUGGCAUAUCGAGGCUAAAUGCAAAGUGCAAAAAUAUAGCUGGAGCAACCUGGUCCGGUUACGAAAAGCGGACAACGACGACAGACAAGCCCGGUACGAUGUUGCGCGCAGUUUCCGGCAGUGGUUGAUGACCCUGACACCAAAAGCGGGACACGCUGAAGAAUUCCGGUGCUACACGGUGCUACCAGAUGUUUUUUCGGAAUACCGAGGUGACUACGAAAUGGAUUCGAUUAGCAGGACGAUUUUGAACUACAAUCCGAGUACCAUGGCGAUUCAGUGGCCAGAAGUAGUCUGUCCAAAUCCGGUGAAAUUAGACACGCUUGCAGUUGGGGGCGAGAGUCACUCCUUCCUCGACGGAGUAUACAAGUGUAACUGCAAGACGCCUCUAAUUCCAGCGCUACUACAAGCUGCGGAACAAGAUCAGGACUUUGAAAACCACGAACCACGACCGGACAACAGUGGAGAAGAAUUUGCAGGGGAAGAAGAAGAGUUUUUAUUUGCAGCGGACGACGAGGAGUUUUUCCCAGACCCACUCGAAGAACUUUUUGGAGAACCAGCUGAACCGGUACAACAUGCAGUGCUGGUCGCUGAAGAUCCCGCUCGACAAGAGAACGAGAUGGAGCUUGAAGCUUCCGAUGGCGAACCAGUGGAAGAUGAGGAAGACGAUCUACUACAGGACGCACCGCAAGCAGUACCGGUGGCACACAAAAGUCAACAACAGCAGAAAGCAAAAGCGGGAGAGCAAAUACGAAAAUUUGCUUGGGUCGUGUUGAAAGGAGAAGAACCAAAAUUGGAACAGUUCGAUGCGGGAAAACUUUACAGCGAAAUUUGGCACGACGAAAGGAAAACGGGCAAGGCACAGCACCUAAAGUGGGUCGCUGCUACUGGGGUCGAUCUUCUUGGGGGUGCCGACUUGGUUUGGGAUGCUUCCUGGGGUACGCUAAGAGUAGUCCUAUUUUUUCGGGCUAAAGCGAAGAACACCUUUCGCAUCCUUUUCGGCCGACCAAUCGAAAUUUUAGUUGAGGUUGCAGGCAGCUCCGCACAACUUCCCGAAGAUAUUCGCAGCAACAGUAAGUACCUGGGGGCGCUGCUGAUUGGGAAGAAAAGACUUUUCCAGGAAAUAGCAACGGUGGAAAUUAGUGUUGCAAGAUUGGAACUCGCCCGGGAACAACGAGGAGAUGAACACUACGGGCCAAUCUGUCAUGCGGUUUCAGCAAAAGACGAGCAUGAGGAUGAUGGGGAUUUGGAGUGGUUUGAUAUUCUCCUUCGAGAGAUGAAGCUACCGCGGAAAGAAGCAAAGAAACUAGCACGCAGACUCCGCAUGGGAGAUUUCCGAUUUGAUGAUGAUGGAGUUUUGGUGCAGAAUGUAGAGGGGGUUUGGUGUACUUGUGUUCCAACUACAUUUCAGCUGCAUCUACUUCAGGAAUCGCAUGACAAACACCAUGGAACAGUUAGUGCUACUCUUUCUCGGCUCCGUAAUGAAAAUCUUUGGUGGGUGGGGAUUGAAGCGAUGGCGGAAGAGUAUUGCGAUGUGCGAUGCUUAGUAUGUGGAAUCGAACGGGCAAAGCAAAGGACCGACGCUUUUUAUUUUGCCGACCGGGUUACGCACUUCGGUGAGAUUUUCUUCAUCGACCACCACGGACCCUACGAACAAAGCCGGCUUGGAAAUAAAUACUUGCUGACAGUAGUCGACGCAGCGACGGGCUAUGGGUGGAUAUUUCCGGUUGCCAACACUAGUCUACCUCUUGUUGUUGCGCAUUUGAAAACAGUUUUUCACGACCAGGGGCACUGUACUGCCAUUCGCUGCGAUAACGGAUUUGGAACUCAGAAGGGAGUACUGGGAAAAUUUCUGAAGUCGAAGAAGAUUAAGUUUCGACCUGGGUCACGCGAAAAUCCACGGGGACAGUGGCCAAUCGAAUUUCCGCACAAAGAUAUGAGAUGCUUCAUCGCUACGAAAAUGCGUUUCAUGUCGAAAAAGAAUACUUGGGAUUUGUAUGCUUCGGAACUUCAAUGGUUUUGGCGAACUCUUGAACGACCAGCAUGGGGAAACAAAAGCGCCCACGAAUUCCGAUUCAACGAAAAGCCACGCAUGGAGCUGAGUACGGUAGCGAAACGGGUAGAGGAAAUUUUUGACGACAACGAGGAUGGCCUCGACGUUCUGGAUUUUAAGACCCGCCAGAAAAACGAAGUUCUUCUACGCCACCGAUACCGCCGGGAAAACACUUUUACGCAGAACGACGAGCGGGUCGCGUUGAACAACAACACGCUCUUCCGCGUUGGGGAUAUCGUCUACUAUCACAAUAUCCGGGCUGAGAUUCGGAGGAAGGAUAUUUUGAGUGGGCUGAACCAUGCUGCUUUGUUUAUGAUCAAGCAGGUCAUAUCUCCUACCACGAUGUACUUAGUAGACUGGCGGGACAGCAUCGAGCAAAUUUCUUUCGUGCAGCCUGUGCACCGAAAAAAUUUGUCAUCGACUGGUCUUCGCGUCGAGAACUUCGUCGUGGAUUUGAAUCGGCAGCACUACUGUGAAGCCGAAAAGUGCAAUUAUUUUGUCGUGCAUUAUGACGCUUUUCGCUUACGUUAUUUUUAUCAAGUAGGAGGAGAAAAUUUGUACUGUAGUCGUAAGUUUUUAGAGGACAAAAUCAGUGGACUUCGUCAGUUCGUGCUGGGGGCGGUUUGUGUAUAUGAUUCUUAAUGGUUAAGCACGAACUGCCUCUCCACGCAAUACAAAUCCACUGGUUCAGAAUUUUACCGAUCUAUUUUUCCGAUCCUGUUUUACAAAUGUAUGAUGUUCUUUCUUGGGGAAGUAGGGAUCUCAUUUUUAUCGUAUUAUCAAAUCUGUAAUGCAAGUGGCUUUUCUGCUCGCAAAUGCCCGAUCAAGAUGCUCUUCCGUCGGUGGUAAAUCCUGUAUGAUUUCUAAAUGGUUUUUUUUGGAUCUUCGUGUAUGAUUCUCAUGGUGUUCAGCCGGUCGCAAGCACUAUGGCAUUUACCAAUCGCUUUUCGUGGUCGCGCAUUACAAAUUCGCACUGUAUAAUUGUCGCUCUUUCUUUAACUCAAUCGUCAAGGCGUCGGAGGGUAAAAAUAGCAUUACAAAUCGUAUUUCGUACUAAAUUAUAGGAGUAGAAUCCGCAUUACAUCGUGGGGAAACAUCGUUUUGGUGCAUUACAAAUUGGUAGGACAUAAAGACCGAUAGGAAACACGGAAACUAACGCACGAACAUCGGGGAAAGAAA